GCUCCGAGCUCAGCCGAUCCAUCGCCAGUCGAUCGCAGCAAGCCAUGCCCUCACUCCGCGAUGUCACGCCGCAAACGCUUACUGAAACUCCUCUUCGGGCUCGUGGUCGGUGUCCUGAUCUCCCAAUUCACUUACCGCGACCCGGUGUGCGACCUCUCUGAAGACGACCCCCAGGUGCCCGGCCACGGCCUCGUCCUCGUGGGCGUGAUGACGGCCGCCAAAUACCUGGACUCGCGCGCGCGCGCCGUUUACGACACCUGGGGCCGCAAAGUCCCCGGAAGAAUCAUCUUCUUCUCGUCGGAGGGCUCCACCAGCGCCCACGUGCCGCUCGUGGCGCUGCCCCACGUCGACGACGCCUACCCGCCCCAGAAGAAGUCCUUCCACAUGCUCAAGUACCUGCACGACCACUUCGUCGACGAGUUCGAGUGGUUUGUGCGCGCCGACGACGACGUCUUCGUCAAAACCGAGCAGCUGGAGGCGCUACUGCGGAGCGUCGACUCCAGGAAGGCGUGGUUUAUCGGACAGACGGGGCGGGGCAACACCGAGGAGCUGGGCAUGUUGUCGCUGGAGAGCGAUGAGAAUUUUUGCAUGGGGGGCCCGGGGGUGAUUUUCAGUCGGGAGACGCUGAAGAGGGUGGCCCCCCACGUGGAGGAGUGUCUGGGGAGGUUGUAUACGACGCACGAGGACGUGGAGCUGGGGAGGUGCGUGAGGAGGUUCGCUGGGAUUUCGUGCACGUGGUCCUACGAGGCGAGUGCCGAGGGGUGUAAGAUGCAAGUCAUUUUAUAUCACAACCAAAGCGGUGAAGCUGCAUUCAGUGGCGAUCUUAAACAGAAGGAAGUCCACCGUGCGAUCACUUUACACCCGGUCAAGCAACCUCAACACAUGUAUAGGCUCGAUAAAUACGUGAAGGGUUUGAAAAUCCAGGCGUACCAACAGGAGUGUAUCGACCUCCACCGAGGCAUCGCCUCGUCCAUGUCCCAGAUGGGUUAUACCAUUGGGCGUUUGCCCAACGCCAGUCUAGUCCAAGGUUUGCCACUUUUUGCCGCACCAAGAGGCUCACAACUCUAUUUGGGCGACCCUACACUCUUGGGCAUGCCUCAGAGCCUCACGAGGCACCAGCCGAGGGCUGUGCAAGAAGUUCUCGACUGGGAGCUCAUCUCCAAAACACUAUAUUCUUACAAGGAUUUGAAUCCAAGGCGCCGGAUUGGCUCCGCCCUCAAGGAGGGCCUAAAUGACGUAGUUCGUGACAUUAUGGAAGUUAUCAACUCGUAUUCGAAGCAACGAGGCCGGGUUAUAGAUUUUAAGGAGAUUUUGUAUGGUUAUUGGAGGUUGGACCCCGUACAUGGGAUUGAUUUAAUUUUGGACCUUUUGCUCGUUUAUCGCAAGUACAGAGGGCACAAGAUGACAGUGCAAGUGCGAAGGCAUGCUUACGUGCAGCAAACUUUUACAGGUAUAUUCGUUCGUGAAAUCACCAAAGCAUCGCCUUCUAGUGUCGCCGUCCCCAAAAUCGUCAAACACAUCAUUUCGACGUUUGAGAAAAUUCCGCCUAUUUUUCCGUCAAUCACCGCCAAAAAUCAACGUCAAACUGUCAAUUUUAUUGUGCCUUUGAGCGGCCGUUUUGACACAUUUCGGCGCUUUCUGCGAUUAUAUGAAGACAUUUGUAUCAAAGGUGGCGAAGAAACGCGCUUAUUUGUAAUUUUGUAUCAAAGUGUGGGCUUUGAGGCGAGUGCUAGGGCUAUAGAAGGGCUACAAGGGCGGUAUUUGAACAGUGGCGUGAGUGUGGUGUACGUUAACGAAAGUUUUAGUCGGGCUAAAGCCCUAGAAAAUGGGCUAAAGUUUGUGAGUGAUGACGAUUUAGUGCUAUUUAUUGACGUUGAUAUGGUUUUUGAUGCACGAAGUUUGCAGCGAGUGCGUCAAAAUACCGUCAAGGGCCGAAGUGUUUAUUUUCCGAUAGUUUACAGUUUGUUUGACCCUAGAAUUACGAAUCGAAGUUUAGGCAUCGAUGAAGAGUCGGGUUUUUGGCGCCAGUUUGGUUUCGGUAUAGUUAGCAUCUUUAAAAAUGACUACAAAAAAUUGGGCGGGUUUAAUUUGAACAUUUCGGGGUGGGGCUUCGAAGAUGUGGCGUUUUACGACACCGCUAUCCAAUCAGAUUUGAGGAUUGUGCGCAGUGCUGAUCCCGGAUUGGUCCACGUGUAUCACCCGAUUCAUUGUGAUAUUAAUUUAGACAGCAAUCAGCGGAAUAUGUGUUUAGGGACGCAGGCGAAUAUGUUAGGAAGUCGCAAGCAAUUGGAGGCGAUUUUUCGACGAUUUAGACAUUUGUUUAGUUGACUGUGAUUGUAAAGGGUGAUUAUACGUUUUUUGUAUGUUCCUAUAGCGAGAUAAUCUCACGGUUACAUGACAAGGCUGAGGCGAGUUGAGCAAAAUUGUAUUUAUUUUUUAUUGAGAUUUUAAAUGCCAAAAUGUACUGCCAUAUGUGUGAAAGACAAGUAUGAAAUAAAAAUUUUAUGUUUACUUAA